AUGGUUCAACUGGCUCCAUUUAUAAACCAAAUUGGGGUGAUUUGUGUUGGAGGGCGCCUAAGACAUUCAAAAUUGAAUAAUACAAUGAAACAUCCAAUAUUACUACCACAACGGUGCCAUUUCACGGAGUUACUUAUCCGGCAUUAUCAUCAGUUAUUGCUCUAUGGUGGAGUAAACGCAACACUCUCCAUGAUUAGCCAACGAUAUUGGAUAGUACCUGGUCGAGCAGCUGUGCGUCGGGUAGUGUACUCAUGUGUGCCAUGUACAAAAUAUCGGGCAACUAAGCCUCAACCUCUCAUGGCAAACUUGCCUAUUCCCAGAGUUACAGCACAACGACUAUUUUAUAUUGCAGGUAUGGACUACGGUGGUCCUCCAUUUGUUGUAAAAGAGAGCCGUCGACGUGGAGCCCGUACGCACAAAGCAUAUCUAGCUCUGUUAAUUUGCAUGGCAGAGGAGGCUUUACAUCUGGAAAUUGUAACUGAUCUUUCAACUGACUCAUUCCUCACGGAAUUGGACCGCUUUAAAUUACGUCGUUGA